GAUUUUAUUUUCUUAAUUAAACGAAUGCCUCAAUAAUGGCCACAGUAGGAGAAACGCCAGCAUCACCUACCAGCAGGGGACCUUCGCUAUGGAGCAGACUAAACGCUAGAUAUCAGAAGUUUUUAGACGAUUUAGUUCCAUACAGAGGCGGCCGGUGGGGGUUUUGUAUCUGUACCCUGUUAGUUUAUAUAAUUAGGAUCUAUUUUCUUCAAGGGUGGUACAUAGUAACGUACGCUCUAGCUAUAUAUCUUCUUAGCCUGUUCAUAGCUUUUCUUUCUCCAAAGUUUGAUCCUGCCGUAGAAGAAGACACAGACGAAGAUGGGCCUAGUCUUCCAACCACAUCUAACGAAGAGUUUAAGCCGUUUAUCAGACGGCUACCUGAAUUUAAAUUUUGGCAUUCAAUGACAAGGGCUAUUUUGAUUGCUUUUAUAUGCACUUUCUUUUCAAUUCUAAACAUUCCUGUCUUCUGGCCGAUACUUCUCAUCUACUUCAUUGUGCUAUUCGCUGUAACAAUGAAGAAACAAAUAAUGCAUAUGAUCAAAUACAAGUAUCUUCCUUUCACUCACGGCAAGAGACGUUAUCAGUCGAAAGAUGACACGAGUUCGUCUUCGCUGUAGUGUUAUUUUUUGUCCAUGCCUACACUUGGCAGAGAGACACUGCUUAUUGUUUGAAGAAUGAUUAAUUGUCAUUAUUAUUAAUUAUUAUUAAUAUGAAUAAAUGUAAAAAGCUACCCCC